AUGAAGAUACCAACUCUUACAAAUAUUGUAUCCUAUAAAAGCAAUGAUUAACAGAUACAUAUAUAGGAAUCUAAAAAGGUUAUAUCAGUUCAAGAAGAUAAUUCAUUAUUAUCUCCUUCUGUAAUGAUUAAAUCACAUUUAUUAUCAGAAGCUAAGAAAUAAAGUUAUGACUAUGGAAAAGUGAAAAUGAUUGUAGCCUAAAUUAAGCAACGAUUUUUAAAUUCCAUUCAUUUUUCAAAAUAUAAUGAUCCUCUUAUAAUUCAUGAAUCAAAAGAAGGUAUUAAAAAUAGUAUAAUUAAAUUAGUAUCCCCAUUUUAUUAUUAUUAUUUUACUUUGUUCAUGUUUUUGAUAACAUUUAUCUCAAAUCUCUUUACAAUUAUACUAAUACCAUUACAUAAAAUUUUUAAUCUUUAAGAAUCAGUUACUUAGAUAUUUGUUUAUUUCAAGAUUUUAGCAAUUCUAUUAGAUUUAUAUUUUUAAAGAGGCCCAUUUAAAUUAUUUAGAGGAAAAAUAACUUAAAAUUACAAGAAUUAAAAUAAAGUGUAUUUGGAUUUAUUUAGGCUAAUUAUAUUAUUAAUAAAUUAUAAUUUAAAUUUUGAUAAUCGACUUUUAAUUAUUCUAUUGUUAAUAAUCUUAAUCAUACUGGAAAUGAUAAGAAUAGUAGAACCAUUUGAAAAUUUAUAUAUAUAAACCCAUUACAUUGUGAUAAUAAUAUAAUUGUGGAUAUCUAUAAUUAUAAGUCUGUCAUGCACUUUAAAGAGUAUUUAUAUUAUUUAAAUAAGAGUAUUUGAUAAUGACGAUGAUCAAUCCUUAUCUAUAUAUAUAAGUUAUUCAAUUUCAGUAUUAACUCAUAAUGGAAACAUUAGUAAAUAUUGAUUUUAAUUUAGCAUUACAUUUAAAUGAAGAUAAUUAUAUAGUAGUUUCAAUAUUUUAAUUGAUAUGUUAUUUUUGUUAUGUUUAUACAUUUAUUCUAUUAUUGAUAUGGAUAAAACCUAAUAUUGAGCUACAAGAAGAGAAAUAAAAAUUACUUAAGGGAUUUGUUGAACAUUUUUAGGAGAAAUGUAAGGAUUAUGAUUUGUUGAGAAGAUGUUAUUCUUAUUUAGAAUAUAGAAUUGAUGUAAGAUAUUAAUGAAGAAUAGAAAGGAAGAUUUAAGUAGAGGCAAAGAAUAAUUAAUGAGAAAGUUAAGUCCAUCUUUAUAGGAUGAGAUAGAUCUAGCAUUAAGAACUAAGAUGGUAGAAAGAAUAGAUUUAAUGAAUAAGUUUUCUCCACAAUUCAAAUAAUAAUUAUUGUACAUGAUUGAGUAAGUAACAUUUAAUCCAGAAGAUAAUGUUUUAAUAGUAAUAUAAUAAAUUAAUAAUAAAAAUAGGAACAUUAAGCAGAAGAUCUGAGUUUGUAUUAUAUUUUAAAAGGAGAAGUUAAGGUUUAAUUUUAAGGUUCUUCAUUAGCAAAUAAUAAAAGAUCAGUUACUAAACUUAUAGAAGGUUAGGCAUUUGGAUAACAUUCAUUUAUUUCAGGAAUACCUUCAAAUAUAAGUAUUUUUAGUUGUGGUGUAACAACAUUAAUGAAAUUGAAAAGGUCUGAUUUUAUAGAAAUAUUAUCACAUUAUCCAUAAGAUAAUGAGAGAUUCAGUAUGAUGAAAGAUAAUUCUCAUUAUAAUCAAUCCUUAUUUGAUUGUUAUUAUUGCAAAAUUCAAGGUGAUUAUAUUGUAGAAUGUAAACAUUUAUAGUAUUUUCCUUAACGUUAAAAUGUGCUUGAAAGAUAUUUAUAUAGUUGUAAAUAACGUAGAAAACCUAUGAUUAGAAAAUAAAAGAGAUAUUUAACAUUAAGAAAUCUAAUUUGUAAUUAAGAGAGAGUUAGAUCUAUUAUUAAUUAUAAAUAAAGUUAAGAUUGUAUUUCUGAAGAAUUUCCAGAUUUUUCAUAACUUCCUUAUUCUGAGAGUAAUAGAUAGAAUAAAUAUUUUAGAUUAAAUAAAUUCAGUUAGUUAAUUAAGUAAUUCUACUCCUUUCUAAAAAGCUAGUUAAGAUUAUUAAAUAUCAAAUAGUAAUUUUAAUGUAGAGAGUAUAGAAUAAUUUAAUAAUGAAGAAGAAGAAGCAGAUUAAGUUGGAAUGAUUAUACCUAAAAUGUAAAUAAGAAGAAAGAGAGAUGAUUCAAAUAAGACAUCUAAUAGAACUGCUGGAUUUAUUGGUGGUAAUCCUGGAUAUUGUUCAUAAUUAGAUAAAGAUGAAAAAGAAAUUCUUCUUUAAUUAUAAGAUACAUCAAAUAAAGAGUCUAAAUAAUUUAUUCUUAAUUAAGCUAAUCGUAAUUCUUAGAAUAUUAUAAGUUUUUAAUAUUCAAAAGAAAUGAAUCCAUAAAUAUAAUCAGAUUAUUUAUUUUUAGAAUUAAAUUAACAAUAACAAAAUUAAGAAUAUAAUUAAAAAGGUACUUUGGGAUAAUUAAGUAAUAGAUCUAAAACUUGUACUAAUUCAAUUUCAAGAGAUAUAUCAAAUAAUCCUUCAUCAAAUUCUAGAUAUAAUAAAUCACCAAAAUUAUCAGGAUAAACAAGAGAUAUUGUUAGAAAAACAAACAGUAUUAAUACACUUUCUGAUGAUAAUAAAUUAAAAUAAAAAAGUGGUACAAAAUAAAGCAAUUUAUUUUAACAAUCUUAAUUUUAAGCUUUAACAGCUCCUGAUGUAUUUAAAUAUCUUUUAUUAUAUAUUAGAAUUAAGAAUAGAUUUUAAAUGAUGUGAUAUUUAACAAAUUUGAAAGUAUGAUGAAAUUUAAGAUAUAUUAUCCUCACAAUAAUUUUGAUUGUGUUAUUAAAAGAUAUAAGAAUUAAUUUGAAAUGAAUAAUUUCAAAAUAAAAAAAAUUAACUUUUGUGGGUAUUCUUUAAAAUGUUUUGUUGCUUCUAAAAUCAAAAGAAUAUAAAAAAUAAUAAGAAGAUAGUGA